UGUUUUUAUUUAUUUUGUCACUUGUACAUUAAUAAAUAACAACUCUGUUUCUUUUUUGUAUAUUUUUUUCCAAUAUGGCGGCAUCGUAGAAUGACGAAUGUUUUGUGGCCAUUCGUCGUAUAGGGCUGUCGGAAUCGGUGUGUGUUUUAGAAAUACGUAGUUUUAUUUGUAAAAUUUCCAUAUAAAAAAGUUAUUAAAAAUUAUAAAACAUAUAAAUAAUUAAAGCUUGAAAUAUGCGUAAACGCAAAUCAAAGAAAUAUUGUGAAAAUUUUCUCAUAUAAAUACAUUAAUUUGUCGUCAAAAAAAUUUAAGGUGCAGACAUUGAUGAAAGGAAAAAAAACUUGGAAAAAGAGCAGCCUAAAGAGUAAUUGACAAAAAUACAGAUUGUAAAGUAGUGAGUGAACGAGUCAGUGAGUGAGUGGCAAAGAAGUGGUGUAGUGUAUAUUAUAAAAAAAGUGGUGCGACCAUACAGCUACAAUUUAAUUAUAAUUUGUGAAUAUUUGUACAAUAAGAAAAUCGUAAUUACACUGGAGUUUGAAACAAAUUUACUUUAAAUAACACUUCAGACAGGCCCAUCCCCCGUCAACAGAGCAGCAUUAUUUUUAAAUAAAAAAGUAACAAUGUUUACUAUAAUAAUUUGUAUAAAUGAGUAAAUCUCAAAAUUAAUUAAUUUUUGAAUUUAAAAUUCAAUUGAAAUACGUUAGUUUGAUGAAAUAGAACUUUAUUUAGUUGGACUAAAAGAACUACAACUUGAAAUAGAAAGGAACAAAGUUGUAAAAUUCUCCUUUCCGAGAAAGAAAAACAAACUAACCAAGUAAAAUCUCUUCCAAUAAUAAGAGACAAAUAAAUAUAUAAAAAAAACGGAAAUAACAAUUAUUUAUUGUAUUAAACAAGAACUAAAAUUGUUGUUGUCAUUGUUGUUGCUAAAAUUUUAAGCUAAGAAAUAAAAAAAACAUAAGAUUAGCAACAAUAACUACUUGACACGUGUGCCACAACAUAUUGGGACGCUAGACAACAACAAACAAAUCGAUUCCCAAAACUAUUAAAGUUAAAAUAUAAACUCCAGUGUUUUUCUGCCGCAUAUAAACACAAACACACACACCUAAACCUAAGAUAAAACCUUAAGUGGGGUUUUUUUGUUUUAUAUAUUUUUUUUCAUUGGAAAUUAUAGAAUAUUUUACAAAAAUAAAUUGUGUAAAAUAACCGUAAAAAUACAAACAUUAAGAAAAUGACUACCGAUACCCGCCGACGUGUUAAAUUGUAUGCUCUAAAUGCAGAACGUCAAUGGGAUGAUCGUGGCACGGGACAUGUGUCAUCGAAUUAUGUAGACAGACUUAAAGGCAUCUCUUUGUUAGUACGCGCUGAAUCAGAUGGUAGCUUACUUUUGGAAAGUAAAAUUCAACCCGACACCGCUUAUCAAAAGCAACAGGAUACCUUAAUUGUUUGGUCUGAGGGUGAUAAUUUUGAUUUGGCCUUGAGUUUUCAGGAAAAGGCCGGUUGCGAUGAAAUAUGGGAAAAAAUUUGCCAGGUACAAGGUAAAGAUCCAUCCGUUGAAAUCACACAAGACAUUGUCGAAGAAUCCGAAGAUGAACGUUUCGAAGAUAUGUCAGAUACAGCACCACCAAUCGAAUUGCCUCCAUGUGAAUUGGCCCGCCUUGAAGACAUAUCGGAAGUUAUACAAAAUUGUUUAACCACACCGUUGCGCAAAGAAAAACUUUCGAUGGCAUUAGAAUCCGAAAAUUACAUUAAGAAAUUACUUAAUCUUUUCCAUGUAUGCGAGGAUCUCGACAAUACCGAGGGCUUACAUCAUCUCUUCGAAAUAUUCAAAAACAUAUUUCUAUUAAAUAAAAAUGCACUAUUCGAAAUAAUGUUUGCUGAAGAUACAAUUUUCGAUGUGGUGGGCUGUCUGGAGUAUGAUCCCAGUGUAACGCAACCGAAAAAACAUCGUCAGUAUUUAAAACAAUGGGCUAAAUUUCGCGAAGCAGUUCCGAUCAAAAAUCAAGAUCUACUAGCGAAAAUUCAUCAAACAUUUCGUGUGCAGUAUAUACAGGAUAUAAUAUUGCCCACGCCAUCGGUAUUCGUAGAGGAUAAUAUGUUAAAUACUUUAUCUAGUUUUAUAUUCUUUAAUAAAGUCGAAAUUGUCACUCUCAUCCAGGAGGAUGAACGUUUUCUGGUUGAUAUGUUUACCUUACUAACCGAUCCAAAUACCAGCGAUGCCAAGCGUCGUGAUAUUGUUCUAUUUCUAAAGGAGUUUUGUAAUUAUGCGCAAAAUCUACAGCCGCAGGGUAAAGAUUCCUUCUACAAGACCCUAACGUGUCUGGGUAUUUUGCAAGCUUUGGAAAUAACAUUGGUGAUGAAUGAUCAGAAAACGAAGGCGGCCUCAAUUGAUAUACUAACGGCCAUUGUUGAAUUUUCGCCUUUAGUCGUACGCAAUUAUACACUGCAGCAAGUUAAUCGUACUGAAGGAGAUCGUAUGCUGUUAAAUAUUGCCAUUGAACAAAUGUUAAAUGAUUCCGAACCAGAAUUAGGUGUUGCUGUGCAAUUGAUGGGCAUUAUUAAGAUACUGUUAGAACCCGAAAAUAUGUUAACAGAAAAGGGUGAUUUCUUAAAUUUCUUCUAUAAACACAGUAUACAAACCUUGAUAGCACCUUUGUUGCUCAACACCAUCGAUGAUCGUCCACAAAAUGAAGAUUAUCAAACAGCACAAUUAUUGGGAAUUGUCUUAGAUAUUUUAUCAUUUUGUGUUGAACAUCAUACUUAUCAUAUUAAGAAUUUUAUAAUACAAAAAGAUCUCCUCAAGAGAAUUCUAGUACUCAUGAAGAGUUCUCAUACGUUCCUUGUUUUAGGCGCUUUAAGACUUUUAAGAAAAAUUGUUGCCCUCAAAGAUGAGUUUUAUAAUCGACACAUUGUUAAAGGUAAUCUAUUUGCUCCUGUUGUGGAUGCCUUUAUACGCAAUAAUGGCCGUUAUAAUCUACUCGAAUCAGCUAUAUUGGAAUUAUUUGAAUUUGUUAAACUGGAAGAUAUAAAAACGUUGUGUGUUUAUUUUGUUGAAACAUUUAGCAAAAUAUUUGAUGAAAUCGAAUAUGUGCAAACGUUUAAAUAUUUAAAAAAUCGUUACGAUCAAUAUCAAGAGCGAAUAAAAGAUCGUGACAAGAUGGGUUUAGAUACCAUUCCAAUUAUACGCGGUAAUCGUUUUCGGCGCGAUCAAAGGCAAAUGGAGGAGGAAGAAGAAAUGUGGUUUAACGAAGAAGAGGAUUUAGAAGAACUUGAAACUUAUAAUAGCGUCAUGAAGUCCGUUACCGAAAAGAAUGGUUCUCAAACAUCUCAAUUACAACAAAAAUCACCGCCACAAAAUGCACAACAGCAGCUGCAACAACACGGUACAAGUAGUAUGUUGGGCAACACAUCUGGUACCAGUAAUCUAAACACAACAACAACGUCAUCCGCGAGUCUUUCACCCACAGGUGGCGGUGGUGGAAGCGAUUCCACAGGCGGCCUACAAACACCCUCCACCAGUAGCAGUAGUAGUAAUUGCAAUAGUAAUGAACAAACGUCCGCCGCUCAUUUGGGUGCUGCUGCCGCUGCAGCAGCUGCAAAUUUAGCACUGCACCAGCAUCAACAGCAACAACAUCCAUUGCACAAUUAUCAACAACAGCAGCAAUUGAAUCUGAAUAGCACUUUGGUAGCGGCUGCAGCAGCAGCGGCAGCAGCCGGUGUGGCCUCAACCUCUACGGCUGCUCACUUGGAAGCACAACAACAGCAGCAGCAAAGUGAUAUUGUUGAAUUGCAACAACAAUUGGCAGCUGUCGAGCAACAGCAAGAGUUGGCGUUAAGUGGUGGUGUUGUAGCAUCAACAUCGAAUGUGAAUGCGACGCAAACAACGGCAGGUCCUUCGACAAGUGCUUUGACAGAAUCAGCAGUUGCUGCAGCGGCUACGCAGCUUCUAUCAUCGAUGGCAUCAAGCGAGGCUGUGGCAGCGGUAGCAGCUGCUGCCGUUGCGGCCGUAGCAGCAAGUGUUUCGGGUGUAACAGCAAAUACAGCAGCGGUUGCAGCUGCCGAAGCAGCUAAACUUAAUAGUAAUGAGAAUAAUAAAACAAAUACUAAUACAACUACUGCAACAGUAGAUGAAAAUAAAGAGGCAGAGCCAUCAUCCACAGCACAAACUGGGGAGAAUAUAUUAAAGAAGCUUGUUGAUUAUGGUAGUGAUUCGGGUGAUGAAUAUGAGUUGGAAGAUGAAGAUGACGAAGAGUCUCCACAUCAAAAGAAACCACGUUUGGCAUAGCAACUUUACCACCACCAACAGCAACACCCUCCAAAUCAAACACAAUAUCACCUACAACAUUCUACUCACCAACAACAACACCAACAUCAUCAUCAUCAGCCCCAUCAGCAUUCGCAUCACCAUCACCACCACCAUCAUUUGCAGCAUCAACAUCAUCACCAUCAAUUCCAACAUCAGCAAACGGUCGCCACAAAUGCUGCUGUAGCAGCAGCAGCGGCCGCUGCAGCUGAAACAAUUAUUAAAACAUUCGCAACCAUGUCGUCGUCCACAGCGGCGGUAGCGGUAACAGCUUCUUCUACGGCGUCUAUGUCGUCGUCAGCUUUGUUGUCAUCACCACCAACAUCGUCAUCAUCAUCAUUAUUAUCACCCUCAUCGUCUUUAAACUCGGCUGCCGUUGUUAUGACGUCUUCAUCCAUUUACAAUAAUAAUAAUAAAAAUACAACUACUAAUCCCAAGAACAAACAUUUUUAACUUUUUAAAUAUAAAACAAAACAAAAAAUAUAUUAUAUAUAAUGAAAAGAAAAAAACUUGAUUUAAAGAAAAAAAUACCAUAUUAUAUAGUUAAAAAGGAAUCACUUUUUUUUAGCCACAGGCUACAUUUAUAACAAAAAAAAAAACAAAAAAACAUCAUAAAAAGAAGAAAAUAAAACAUUAAUUACAACAAUUAUAGUUAUGUAAAAUUUCAGUAUAACAAAGAUAAAGAAAAAAACAAACAAAAUUAAAUUUAAUAAAAAAACAUAAAAUUACAAACAAAAAUCUCUUAUAAAAUGAUGACAACUCAAUAAAGAAAACAAAAGGGAAAACUUAUCAAAACAAACAUCUAAAAGUAAUGCAACACAUUUUACUUUAUUUAAAGCAAGAACACAACAACAAAUAUAUACAAAGUUUUCAACACAUAAGGUAAACAAAAUUUACUUAGCAAUCAAUUAAAUUUUUCAAAAUUGAAACGAGCAAACAAAAGAAAAAAAAGAAACAGGUAAUUUUAUUACUAUUUAUUUAAAUUAAUUUAUUAAUUCAAUUUACAUUUUUAUUUGGACAAAAAUGGAUUUCUUUAAGGAAUUUAUUUUACUCAUUGAUCUCUUAAAUGUAAUGGAAAUGUCAAGCGAAGAAAGUAUUAGGUUUUUUUCUAGCAGUUUUUAAAUCAAAAAUUUGCCACAAACUUUUGGAAAGAAAGGAACAAACUAUUGCAUAAGUAGAUACAUCUAUUUAUUGGCUCUCAAAGUAUUCUCAAGAAAUAUGAAAACGAAAACAUGUUGGUGUAUUAUACAAAAAAAAUAUUAUUUUUGCUGUUUAAAAAAUAAAACAAAAGUUGAAAGUAAUUCUUUAAAAAAAGAUUUACUUAUUAAAGAACAUUGCAGUUGAAGAAUUACUAAAGCUAAUUGUAAAAAUUUUAAAUGAUUUGUAAUUUAUAAAAGGAUUUUAAUAAUGGUGAGUUGUUUUUUUUACAUAAAAUAAAUUUAUUCUGCAUUCUUUAAAUUAAAAAUAAUUCUUAAAAUUAAUAAAUUUGUAGUGUUUUUAAUAACUAUGAUAGAAGAUAUGUUUACAGAUAAAAGUGUUUAUUGAAAUCUAUUGGAUUUUCCUAUUACACCCGAGAUAUUGAAUAUGAAUUUAGAUCAUGAGGUAUGGUGCCUUUCAGUCAAGCUCUUGUUAUCUCCAAACACUGAAUAUUUACUAGAAACAAUUGUAUUCACAAAUUAAUCGCACUGUAAAGAAUAUCUUCACGACCUAGAGGUUAUUUAUUGGCUCCUAUUCUGCAUUUCAAUCGAAAUUUUCUCCGUUUGGGAACUUUGGCAUUUUGCAUUUCGAUUCGACUCUCCGUCACAAAAACAACAAACAACUUUCAAAAACGUAGGUAAGAUCGUAACGCAGAAUACACACUUUCGUAAAACAUUGAAGCGGAACUGCUUCUUUUUCUUACGAUUUAAUUUUUUGUUGGAAUACCUUUUUUUCGAUCGUUUUUUCACAUUUUUUUUUGGAAAUUUUGUUUAAAAUUCUUCAAGAAAAUGUAUCAAUUUAAUAAAGAGUUUUAAUGAUAUAUCUCAAAAAAAAUAUUUUAAAUUGAAAUUUUUAAUUUUGCUUUGAAAGGAGUUUUUAUUUUUACUUUGUUCAAUAACCUUUUUGACUUGAAAAUAAUUCCCCUGCUGUGAAUUUUUAUACCCUAUACAACUUUAGUGGGAAGGGUAUAUUGAGUUUGGGCUGAUGUAUUAACGCAUUGAAACAUUGGUUCUCUAUACCCACCUUAAAGUAUACCAAUACCGACACAGAAUAAUUUUCUGAAUCGUUUAAGCUAUGUUCGUCCGUUUGUCUGUCCGUCCGUCCAUGUAAAACUUGCAAUCCAACUACAGGUCGCAACUUUUAAGAUCAUUUGAUGAAACUUGACACAAUUUGAUGAAACUUCAGUUCAAGGACGAAGCCUAUUGAAAAUGUUUAAAAUCGGUUCAUUAUUUUACAUGGCCCCCAUACAACCGUACCCCCAAAAUAGGGCCUUUGAGAACAUGAUUAGAGCAACUUAGUUUUGUGCAGGCGCGGAUCCAUGGGGAAUUUCUCCCUUAAAACACUAGAAUUGAAUCCGCUUCUGGUUUUGUGCAAGUCUAAAUGUAACUUCAUUUGACCCUAGCCUCCAUACAAAGUCCCCUUAAGAAAAUGAUUUAAAAAUCAAUAAACAGAAGUAGAAAUUUGGGCAAGAAAAAAACUUAAACUUAACUUAAGAUAUAUUAUUAAAAAUAGUCCACAUUUUUACAUACUAUACACUAGGCCAAGCCCGACUUUUUACUUGUUUUGAUGUUAUUUUUUUAAAUAGCCUAAACAAAAUCACUUAUUAUUAAUCAUGAAAGCAAAUGUCGAUGAGAUGACUGAUCGGAUGUAGUCAAUAUUUUACAUCUGCUGAUCUGGUAUAGCUGUUGUUUGAUGCUUCUUUAAAUUAUUUAAAACAGGAUUAUAAUGGGCGGAAUUUUUUGUAAAUUUAUGAUUGCUAUUUAUAACUUUAGAACUUGAGCUGUUACAUCAUUGAAAAGACUAAAUUUUAUAAACAUUUGUGCAAUUCACAAUCGAUGUCGUAUCCGUUGUAUGUCAUAAAAUAAUAACAGAAUACGACAUUUUUACGAUACGACCAUACAACAACAAUUGUGAAUUGGACAAUUAUUGGAAGUAAUGAUCUAUAACGUCCAAGUUCUGAAUGUAAUGGAAUUUGUUUCGCAGGACCAAAUGUGAUAAUUAUAGUUUUUCUUCAAAUGUUGGUGGUUUCGUUUUCAAUUACGAACAAAAUAAAAAAUCUUCUUUUCACAUAAAAAUAGGUGAAUGCUAAAUGAAUCAACUUCUUGAUUGUGACAAAAAAACAUUUUUAAAAUAUACAGUUACCAAAUAUAAAACUGAGUGAAAAAAUGAAUAUCAUGUUUCGUGUGAAUUAUUGAUUUUAUGUUAAGAAAGCCGUAACAUACUAAAAUGAGAGUAAGGGGUCCGAAUGUCGAUAACUUACGAAACAAUGUACAUAUUAAUAUAUAACUCUAUACGAAUUUUUUCCUUUCGAAUAGAGUUACAUAUUAUUUCAGUUGUAAUUGAUUUUAUAUAAACGUGAAAUUUGGAUAAGAGUGUUUGCUAUUACCAAACCUAUCACA